AUGGAGAAGAGAGACAUAACCAUGGAUGAUAUGAAAGACAUGCUUCACAUGAAGGUUGAUUUCCUUGGCGCCCUAUGCGCCGUCGUCGGACGAGCAAAGGAGAUACACGAAAACGAGGCAUUGCCGGAAACUCAACCCCUUGUCGACCACAAGGCCAAAACCCUCAAGCGGCGUAGAGACGAAUCCGUCCCAAAGCCAAAGCCAAAAAGGCGGAAGAGAAGGCCACCCCUUCCCCUCCUUGCAGGAAAUCCGCCGCUCCCGGAGGAAUUCCAGGCCGCGAUCGAGGAGAUGGCCCUAGUAAAAAACGGCGCCGCGACGGAGGCCAAACUGGUGAUACAGAAGAAGCUCUACCAUACCGACCUGAGCAGCGGCCACAACCGCCUCUCGAUCCCGUUCAACGACAUCGAAAACGAUUUUCUCACGGAGGAGGAAAAGCAGUAUCUCCUCGGCCAAGAUGAGAAAAAGAAGAAGCUGUUUUUUGAGGUUAAGAUCGUGCAGCCGUCGCUGGAGGUGGACACGGUGAAGCUUUGCCGGUGGGAUAUGCCGAAGAAGAGUGGGAAGACGUCGUCGACCUACGUUAUUCGAGGGAGUUGGAAUGCGAUUGUGAAGAGCAAUAAACUCCGGUUCAACAGGACGGUGCAGCUGUGGGGUUUUCGGGUUGAUCGGGAGCUGUGCUUCGCGCUCGUGAAGGUGCCGAGGAAUCGUGCCGCUUGA